AUGGUGAAACGCACGUUCUGUGGCGAGCUGGCGGCUGAGCCUCGCUGCCCGCAAGGGCUGAGAGAUGCGUCGUCUCUUUUCCGCUCCCAGCCUUCAGCUCCUGCUCUGGAAUUUGUGGACCUUCAGAAAGAAAAUUCUGUUACAGUUCUUGGUUUCAAUUUCUUCUUUUCUCCUCAGCUCUGGCAGUCUGCAUUAGGCACCCUGAACCCAAACCCCACUGACAGCUGCCCGCUCUACCUGAACUACGCCACCGUGGCCGCGCUGCCAUCCCGGGUCAGCCGGCACAACAGCCCGUCUGCAGCUCAGUUCAUCACCCGUCUGGUUAGGAACUGCCUCCCAGGAGGUGUCAACAGAUGCAUUGUGAUGGUCUGUGAGCGGUCUGAAGUUUUUGCUUCUGCUUGUGCAUUGGCCAGGGCUUUCCCGUUGUUCACACAUCGCUCCAGCGCAUCGAGACGCACAGAGAAGAAAACUGUAACAGUAGAAUUUUUCUUGGUUGGACAAAACAACGGACCUAUAGAAGUGGCAACGCUUAAAUGUCUGGCAAGUGCUGCAGAAGGAAUCAGGCUGGCUGCUCGAAUUGUGGACACCCCAUGCAAUGAGAUGAAUACAGAUAACUUCCUUGAGGAAAUAAAAAAAGUUGGCAAGGAUCUUGGGAUUACUCCUACCAUUAUUCGAGAUGAGGAGCUGAAAGAGAGAGGCUUUGGAGGUAUCUAUGGAGUUGGCAAGGCUGCGCUGCAUCCUCCAGCCCUAGCAGUUCUCAGUCACACUCCAGAUGGUGCAACACAGACCAUUGCAUGGGUGGGGAAAGGUAUUGUGUAUGACACUGGAGGACUCAGCAUUAAGGGAAAGACUACUAUGCCAGGAAUGAAGCGAGACUGUGGUGGAGCAGCUGCUAUUUUGGGUGCCUUCAAAGCCACUGUAAAGCAAGGUUUUAAAGACAAUCUUCAUGCUGUGUUUUGUUUGGCUGAGAAUGCAGUUGGACCACGUGCAACAAGACCUGAUGACAUUCAUGUUCUUUACUCUGGAAAAACUGUGGAAAUCAAUAAUACUGAUGCAGAAGGUCGGCUGAUACUUGCUGAUGGAGUUGCUUAUGCAUGCAAAGAUCUUGGAGCUGAUAUCAUUCUUGAUAUGGCCACUCUUACAGGAGCUCAGGGAAUUGCUACAGGAAAGUACCAUGCUGCUGUCCUUACCAAUAACGAAGAGUGGGAAAAGGCUUGUGUUAAGGCUGGCAGGAACUGUGGAGACUUGGUCCAUCCUCUUGUGUACUGUCCUGAGCUCCACUUCAGUGAAUUUACCUCUGCUGUAGCUGAUAUGAAGAACUCUGUGGCAGACCGAGACAAUACUCCAAGCUCCUGUGCUGGGCUCUUCAUUGCUUCUCACAUUGGCUUUGACUGGCCUGGAGUCUGGGUUCACAUCGACAUUGCCGCCCCUGUUCAUGCGGGUGAACGAGCUACUGGCUACGGCGUGGCUUUGUUGUUGUCCCUGUUUGGAGGGGCAUCUGAAGACCCUUUGCUAAACAUGGUGUCCCCCCUAGGCUGCAAUGGAGACUUUCCCCCUGAUGAUAUGGAGAGGGAUUCCAAAAGGCGGCGCCUGGUUUGAUGCGCCCGGCCCUCUGUGACGGGGUGCAUGUGUUACCUCACUUUGCACUGAUUCAUUCUCAAGCAAUGAAAAUGUCACAAAUGAGAAAUGGCCAUUUUAUUUUAUUUUUUUUUUACUAUCAUGAUAAGAUUUAUUACUUAUUUCUGAUAAAAACAGCCUGAUUUUUUUUUUUUAUUUUUAAAUUAUUGGUGCAAACAGUUAUAUAGCAGUGGUGCAGACUUCAGACUCAGCUGGCUGUACCAGGAGGGCAUGUCCUCCUCUGAGCACCUCAAACAACAGUUACUAAGUGCAUUAAUGCAUGAGAAGCUCUCCCUGUUCUGAAGCAGCAACCGCAGUUUUUGCUUACAAAGCCUUCUGAAUUACUUUACAUGAGGUUUUAUCAAACGUUUCUGCAGGCUCCACUGCGUCUCCAAACACAGGACAAAGGAAAAACAACCUCUAGGCUUGGCGUCUUCAAUGACAAUUUAGCUUAGCAGCAAAGGAGAUAUCAUGAGAAAGGGCCUUUAGUUUUGAUAAGGUGCUGUUUCCGCAUGUUUAAUGUUUUUCUGACCAGUAAAAUCAAUGAGCUGCUCAGAACGUCUCUCUACUUAAAUCUUUCAUGUUCAAAUGACAGAAUGUAUUCAUGUUAAAUAAGGAAAGAAAAAAAAAAAACACAAAAAAAAAACAGGGGGAUUGUGAUUGAGUAAAAUCGGUUUACAAAGCAGAGUGGCUUCCUGCCACUUAAUAAAUUUAUUAUUAUUAUUAAAGCAGCUUACAUAUCCCA